AUGAGGUUUGACUUUCCAUAUGAAGAUAUAUUGUUUAUCGGAGACUAUGUUAUUCCAGGCCCUGAAGAAGGCCCCGAACCAGGAUUGCGAUGGACGCUCGUGUUUGAUGGUGCUUUUAAUGCUCGAGGUCAUGGAAUAGGUGCAAUUAUUACAUAUCAAAUUGGCUUCCAUCUUCCAUUUACUUCUAGAUUAUGCUUUGAUUGUACCAAUAACAUGGCAGAAUAUGAAGCAUGCAUCUAUGGUAUUGAUGCAGCCAUUGACUUAAGAAUCAAAAUUCUUGAAGUGUACGAAGAUUCCGCUCUAGUAAUCAGUCAGGUUAAAGGAGUCUGGGAGACUCGGGAUAGUAAAUUGAUUCCUUACAGGGAGCAUAUUAUGAAGUUGAUUCCCUAUUUUUAUGAAAUCUCUUUUCAUCAUAUCCCAAGCAAAGAGAAUCACCUGGCAAAUGCUCUAGCUAAUCUGGCAUCCAUGUUUAAAGUCAAGGCGAAGAAUGAAGCACCUACUAUUUGCAUUGAUCACUUGGAUGAACCACUGCAUUGUCUAGCAAUCGAGGCAGAUUCUGAUGAUAAACCUUGGUUCUAUGACAUAAAAAGAUAUCUGGAAAAAUAG